AUGCUUCUUGCGACUAGUGGGUUUGCUGCGAUAGUCAGAGGCAUUACUUCAUUAAAUGGGGCGUGGGACCCUGAGGCCAUGUGGAAGGCGAAAUACCUAACGAAACGUGGCCGCACAAACAGCACUAGAGUCCUUCUUGUGGACAAGAAAUGGACUCAAUUGCCCAAGGACCAAAAGGAGCAGAUUUGGGAAGCUGUUCAAAUGGCUUAUGUUGUUGGGGAAGGGCGAAAGAAGAUGGUGCUGUCAUCUGCCGCCAAAAAAUGGAAGGAUUUUAAGUCUACCUUAAAUAGGCAGUUUAUCCUUCCAUUCGCAAAUGAGAAGGAGAAGUUAUCCCCAGAUUUUGAGGCUGUGCAUUCUGAGCAGUCACAAAGAAGGGAGAAGGUUGUGUCUCGAAAAGGGUACAUUGGUUUGGAGGAUCAAUUGGAAGAAACCAUGCCCGGUGAAGAAAUCGAUCGAUCUCUGCUAUGGAAGAAGGCAAGAGAAGAUAAACAGGGAAACAUCCCUGAUCCAAAGGUUGCAGAGAAGGCAAAAUUAAUCGGCACUCUGACUGUCUAUGGGAGCAACGAUGUUUUGACCAUGGCUUUGGGAACACCUAAACAUGGUGGGAGGGUCAGAGGUGUUGGAGCUGGGGUUUCCCCAACUCAAUUCUUCAAUUUGCUGAGACAACAGAGAGUAAAAUUUGCUGACAAAUGGAAGGAAAGUGUUGUGGCAGCAGUGAGAGAGGAAACCAAAAAGAUGGAGGCCAGGGCAAAGGAAAGUGUUAUGGAGGCAGUCAGAGCACAGAGGGAAAUUAUGUUGAAACAAUUCAGUCAACUAAUUCCCAACUUUGAUCCCAACAUGCUCAGUAAAAUUCCAACUACACAAACUACACCAAUUCGUCAAAUUCCUCCAAUUCCUCAAGAGCAAAGCCCAAAAAAUCCAAUGUCUGACAAAGCAAGCUGCUCUAAUGUGAGAGCCCCUGAAUUGGAUGAAGACAAUCCCAUGAAUGAUGCUGAUGCUGAUGCUGCUGAAAAUCGUCAAGAUCAAACGGAUCUCUCAAAGCUUGACAUGUCAGCUCCUCUGUUAGCCCUAUGCUAA